AUUUACACGUCAAAAAACAUUACAGAAAAACAAUGGCCAACGCUACAGAAAGAGUAAAUACAGCUCUUGCUGCCUUGAGAACUGAGUUGAGUGACAUGAGAAACCAAGAUGUACAACUGAUGAAACAAUUAAUGAACAUCAACAACAGCAUUCAACAGCUGACAAAGAAACAAAAAUCUUCUAAAAGAAGUAAAGGAUCCAAAAGUCAGAAAACAAACUUCAAAGAAAUGAUCCGAACUUCAACACUCAGCAAAAUUGAUGAAGAUAGUACAUCAAGUUCAUCAGAAAGUGAUUAUGAAAGCGAUACAAGUUCAGAUGAAGAAAUCUUCAGAACAAACGUUAAAUUGUGGAAAUAUUCACAAUCAUCGGAAGACAGUGAUUAGACAUUUAACAAACAUUUUAUACACUGCCAAACUAACAAGAUACAAAGUUUAGUAUCGCAAGAAGACGAGUUUUCUGAUGAUAUUCAGAUCUACUGCCAAUAGCUCAAGACAUUGUGCAAUAAACUUUAAAUGGUGCUGUUACAUAGGAGAGAAAUCGUAUUUAUAGGACACAGUGCAUAUGCGAAAUCGCAGAACUCAAAUCAGAGUAAUGGAUUGGAACAAGAAAAUGCUUAAAAUAACAUUCUUUAUCGAAAUGAUGAAUUAACACUAUUUUCUAUUUAUUACGUUAUCUCUAAUUGUAAUUAUUUUACCGACACAUGGUCAAAUCGACUACUUUAUUGUUAACUUUAUACAAUUGUUAUCAUGAUUUUAAUAUAUUAAAUUUAUUUGAAAUAUA